AUGCAGUUUAAAGUGAGCGGAGAAAGUGAUCCGGGAGAUGGUAAUGGUGAUGAGAUUGUGCCAAACAUGGGUACAACAUUUUAUCAGCAAAACACAAGCGAUGACAGUGAUAAUGACCAGGAAAUGUAUGAUGGAUAUGAACCCCUUAAUGGAGAACCACAAAAUGUGGAAGUUUGGGAUAAUCUGGAGAGCACAGAAGACACAGACAUGUCCUCUGGAAUUCCUUCGGCUGAUGUUCCUCCAGUAGAUACUGUAGAGAGAGAAGUUCAGCGGGAAGUUUGGAAUGCUGAACGACCGGAAUGCCUGACAAUCGACUUGGACGGAGACAAAGAACGUGAAAUAAUGAAUGUUAUGGCCGGAUUCUCUCUUCCUGAGCAAGCAAUUCCCGCCUGGGCUCAUGGAGUUUCAGAGAAAGAAUGGAAGGAUGACCUCCUGAAGCGAAUACGUGAAAAAAAGUCGCAGUAAAUUGCAAAAAAGAAAAUAUUUAUUAGAAGAAUUUUUCACACGCCCAGACUCACGCAAAGAUCCCUUGAACAUCUGGCCAGCUUAUCAAAUCCAUCUGGCAAAUUACCCAAAGUAAAAGCCUUGAUUUUAUCCACGAGAGUAUCUACAGAUACAAUUAGAGCAACAAUCUCCUGGCCAACUGGCGUACAUGUGAGAUUUCCCAAAGCCUGGAAACAUCUGUAAGUAGCUUCGAGAUCUUCAAUCCAUUGCAUUGUUUCCAGUGAACAUUCCCCGAGGAUUUUACACUCAUCCCCAUCGGCUAGUUGCAUCUGAGACACUGUGGCAUUGAGGAGGAAAGUUGCAACAGCCACUUGAGCAUUGACACUUCCCUUCCGGAUUUCACUCACUCUCCCCAAAAUCUCCCCCAACUUCCCAUGCACCAGAUUCCUGCCCACCUGGUGGAUCUGCAUGUUAGUGAGGCACCUCAGAGCCAUCAACUGAUUCGCUGCUGAAUCACUAACACACUCAACUAGAAUUUUCAUCACUUCCCCACUCACCAGGAGUCCACAUGUAGCCUCAUUCCUCACCACCAGCCUCACAAUGUCCAGCACUGGGAAAAGAAUUCCCCGAGGCCACUUCAGGAGACUCCGGAGGCACUCAAUCUGCACGUCUGGUGCCCCUCCUUCGCUUCUGGCCACAGCAAUAGCAUCACUCAGGAUGCUGUCAUUGACUUUUGCCUCAUCCGGAGCAUUUUCGGUGUUAAAACUCCUUUAAAAAAAAUAAUUUUGUGAUUAAAUUUUUAGUUCUAAA